AUGAAGCUCCUCUACCCGAACUCCUUGGUAUUCGACCCAAGCAGUCUCGAAGGAUUCGGCGUCUCGUUGCAUCAGUACGAUGUCCACAAACCGAUUCCCGAAGAGCUCAUCGAUGCAGAAAUCAUCGUCACAUGGGCCAACACCAACCUCGCCGACGCCGCCAAACGGAUGCGUAACCUCCGCUGGAUUCAGUCCCUCUUCGCGGGCCCAAACGAUGUCCUGGCGGCGGGCUUCUCCCCCGACAUCAAGGUGACAGCCGGCACCAAUCUACACGAUGAGACGGUGACCGAACAUGCACUUGCACUCCUCCUCAGUGCCGCCCGCAAGCUGUACGAGAUGCGUGACUAUCAGAACCAGGGCAAGUGGCCGGGACAUCUAGGUGGAUUCCUUCCCGAUCGACCCAAGGGCUCGUUCACGUCGCUCAAGGGUGCCAACAUCCUCAUGUGGGGCAUGGGCAACAUCGGUCGGAAGCUCGCGCCUCACCUGAUCGCGUUGGGCGCCAACGUGAGAGGCGUCGGCCUCUUUGAAGAAAUCAUUGACGGCAUCCAAGUACAGACCAACGACGCCCUGCCCAAGCUGCUACCUCAGACCGACGCUCUGAUCAUGAUCCUUCCAGGCUCCAAGGCAACCUUCCAUGCUCUCAACGCCGAACGCAUGAAGUUGCUGCCGAAUCAUGCCUGGGUCAUCAAUGUCGGCCGAGGAACAUGCGUGGAUGAAGAUGCACUCGCCCAAGCACUCCACGCAAGGACACUCGGUGGUGCCGCUUUGGACGUCUUCCACACCGAGCCUCUGCCCGCGUCAUCCCCGUUAUGGAAAGCGCCAAAUCUGAUUCUUUCACCGCAUGCGGCGGGAGGGAAACCUCGAUACUCGGAGGCACUGGUCGCAGAGAACCUGCGACGCUUCCUCGCCGGACAACCUCUCAAGCAUGACGUCUCGGCAGGAGGCAUGUAUGCCGCACCACCCGAAAACAAGCCUGCGCUCAAAGCCUCGCUGUGA